AUGAAAAAGGUGAGUCGAAAAGGUACAGUAUCAAAAAAUAUAUAUUUUUGUUGAAAAAAGAACGAUCGUUGCGAGACGUGAAGAGAAAUUGUGUGCGCCUUUGAUGAGGGUACGGUAGAUGUGUUCUUGAAUUUUUAUUUUCUUUUUUUUGGGUUUUCGUGCCACUUCUUAAAAUAUCCCAAAAUGACGUCAUCAGCCAUCUGGUCAUUCUUUAUUUAUUUACAUUUCCUCCUUUUCUUCUUUAUAUUCUCACGAUUUUUACUAUAUUUAUAACUAGUUGUAACCUUGCUGAUAAGAAGAAAGCAACAACAAAAAAGAAGGUAAAAGUUAGCGCUUCGCCUCAAAAAACGCCGUGUAGUGAAUGGUCAAAGAGAGAAAUAGUGUGGAAUUUGAGGAGAGAUGCGCAGAGAGGACAGAUGGUAGUUGUGUUUUUUUGGCGCGCUGGUUGUUGUCCAGCCAGCCGGCCGUCUUUCCAAAAUAACUACUAAAAACGGCGUCCCUCCCAUCCAUCCCUCUCGCCUCUCUUUUUUUCUCUACUUUUUUUCGUCCGUCUUCUGGUUCAUGUUGUUUUUUGAAGAAAAUAUGAAGACGUGGCUUUUUUAUAGACUUAUAUUAGUCGGGAUUAGCUUUUGUUAAAUAAAAAAUAUAGCAGAUUAAGGUUUGUACAUUGUUUUUGCAUUGGAUUCUUAGAAAUUCUGGAAUUUUCCACGAAUCCCAUGUUUUUCCUAUUUCAGACCAAAAAACAUUCGAAAUUCAAAUUUCCGGCAAAAUUUCAAAAGAUGAAAUGCUUUUUGGUGAAAAUAAUGACAGAAUUGUCAAAUUUCCAAGUGAAAUUCAAAACUUUGCUGGUUUUUUCAGCUAGAAAUGAAGAAUUUGCAAAAGUUCACGUUUCAAAAAUGCACAUCCUAUUUUUUCCUGUAAAUUGCCACGUCACACCUAUUUUCGAAAAUAAAACAAUUCAAAAAAGUAGCGUUUGAACAAUUUCUCCACUGAAAAUCGUAUAUUUUUAAUUAUGAGAAUAUGAUUUGCUGAAAACCUUGCGCCCUGAAAAUCCAGAGAUCAACAAUUUCAGCCAAAAAUUUUCUCAUAGUUGAAAAUAUACGAUUUUCAGCGGAGAAAUUUUUCAAUCUGAAACCCUACUUUAUUUGAAUUUUGCUACAAAAAUAGCGAUGACGUGAAAAAAUCUUUGAUUUUCGGUUUGAGCUUCUAACUAAAGCUCAAAUCGUAUAUUUUUAAUUAUGAGAAAAUUCCAGAACUCACGAAUUUUCUCAUAAUUAAAAUUAUACGAUUUUCAUCCGGAAAACUCUCUCACAAUCUGAAAACUCCACCUUUUUGUGGUUGAAAAUUCCCUAUUUUACCAAGAAAAAUGUGGAACUAAUUCGUUCAAAUUAGCAAGAAAAAAGUCAUUUUUUUCGCCUCGACGAAAAUUUUUCAAUUUACUGGAAUGGGUUGCACUUUUCCGGCAAAACUUCAUCGAUUUUUUCUGCUCGCUGCCUUUGGCUGAAAAUAUAUUUAUCUAGAACAUCUGCUUUUGAGUUUUAUUUUUUUCGAAAAAAGUAGCUUUUAGCCUAUUUAUUUACUUAUUUAUCUAUUUUCGAGAGGUUUUCGGUGUUUUUGCUCUUUGUUGAAAAUUUCAUUUUUUCUCCUUCUUUCUUUUUCGCUUUUUUGAGCAAAGAAAAGAAAUAUAUAUUUAGGUCAGAAGGACGGCGAAAAUUGGAUUUUUUGCAACCCACUCGAUUUUUUCUAUCUAUUAUAUAUGUGAAUAGAAAGAAAGAGCCUGCGAUUUUUUGAGCGAACUCUUAGACUUUUUCUAGAAAAUAUAGAUUUUUCCGAGCAACUUUUAAGUUUAUAAUUAUUUUUUUCUUGACUUUGGGUCCCGAAAAAGUUUUUCAAAAAAUGAAAUCUGCUUUUCUGCAUCGUCACGCAAAAAUGCACAAAAUGAGCUGGAGCGCACUUUCAUUUCUACUUUUGUUGUUCGCGUUUUCGAAUCUUUUUCGUUUUUUCCUCUUCGUAGACCAAAUAAACAAAUAAAACUGACAGUUUUAUUCUUGUCUGUAGUAAUCCGAUUACAUUUCAGUUGUUUUCUAGAUAUUUUUUUGGGGAGUAGGGAGGAAAUAUUGAUUUCAGCUGGAAAAUGAGCAGCAAAAGAAAUGGGGAAAAAUAUUCAGUUGUUUACGCAUUCAAAUUAUUUUCCUUCUUUUUUUUGCCGCUGAAAAUAUUACUUUUUACUUUUUCUCCUCCUCUACCAAAUAAUAGAUUGAAAUUUCAUGUUUUCUGUCAUUUCGCAUCUAUCAUUUUAUCACUAAAUAGUACACAAAGUAUAAAAUUUCGUUUUGUUUUUGUUUUUUCCAUUCUUCUCUCUCCUCUUUAUUUUUACAUCAUCUGAGACGAAAACAAGAGAAAAAUUAGCUAUAUUUUGCGAACGACAAUGCGAAAUUAAUUUAUUUUGUGAUUUUUUGUGAAGAAAGGUGGGUCAAAAUAGACUUUUUUCUCGUUAUCAGUAAACAAAACGAGAAAUAGAGGGAAAUUCAGAUUCAGCGAUUUUCACGAAAAAAAAGUUCGAUAAGAAUUUCACUAUUUUUCCGGGUUCAAUUGGGAAAUUUUAACUAUUCGGUUUUCAGGGGAAAAUUCGGAUUCUGAAUGACAAAUCUGAGUUUUUGGUUUUUUUUCAAUUGAAUUUCUUCGUUUUGUCGUUGAGUUUGAAACUAAUCUGAAUUUUUCCAUCAAAUUUUGAGUACUGAUCUCAAAUUUUACCCGAAAAUGAAGAUUUCGGCUGAAAAUAGCGAAAAUGUUUCUCUACUACAUUAAAUCUGCAGUUAUACAUCAAGAAUGUCGUGUCAGAUCCAAAUUCGACGAAACAUGCAUAAAGAUUGCACUUUUGUCUGAUUUCUAUGUUUUGAGUUCAAAAUUGACGGAAAAUGCAGAUUUUGCACUAAAUUUAACGGAAAAAUUGCACAAAAAUCCAGAUUUUCCUUGAGUUAUCCAUCAAAACUAUACUUUUUCCAUACCUCGGCCAACAUCGUGGUUUCAAAAAAUUAAAAUUGUACUCUAGAUUUUUGGAGUGAAAAUUGUAAAAAUUGUACUCUACCCUGAAUUCACAAUUUUUUUCUUCUAAUAGAUUUAAUGUUUAAAUGGAUAUGUUCGGGGUUAUAUCUGACUUGUCUGCUAAACACAAGCUUGAAAUUUCGUGCUUUAGUUAGAUUUCGUAAAAAAUGCAGGUUCAACCAACAAUUGUCAAGUUGAAAACAAAAAUGAAACUGAACAUCGUGAAAUGCCAAAAUGCAAAAAUCGACCCUUUUUCUAAUUAUGUGAAAUUAGUUUUCAGAAACAAUGCUAUUUGAAAAAUUGAUCAGACUGAUAAGUUUUGAUAUUUGUUUUCUUUUCAGAUGAAGUUUGACCAUUCAAAUGUCAAAAAGAAAUCGACGGAAGACAGUGUAAUGAAAAAGAAGAUUGAGCAAAGAACAGGGAAAUAUGAUUUAAUUCUCCAUGGUGUAAUAAUUAUAUCUAAAAAAUUUGACUUUUAGUUUUUUUUUCAAAUAAAGAACUGUUCACAAAAAAACGCAAUUCAAAUUUUCGAAAAAAAAAAGUUUGGGUGGCAGGGGGAUUCGAACCCACACCACACCACAGGCCAGCUCAACGCCUUACCACCACACCAUGGAGGCGAUUUCUUUCCCCUUUCUCAAUUUUCAUAUUCAAGAUCGCUGUUUUCUAUCCCUUUCAAUAAAAUCAAUGAGAAUUUCGCAAAAUAAUUUAAAGCUAGAAAAAAACUGGCUGAAACUUGAAAUUUCAAUCUGAAACUCUAUAUGUAGAAACUUAAGGGCCUAAGAACGCUAGAACAAGCAUGAAAUGUUGGGAAAAUUUUUUCGAUUAGACCGAUAACUGGAAUCGUGGUUCCUAUACAUUUUUGCAUUGGCUGAACCACGAAUCUGAAAAGUAGCGUUUUUUCGAGUUCGGGUUCAAUUUUCGAAAAAAGUCAAAAUAGAGACUUAUAUUAAUUUUUCGCGCUCUACAUUAUGGUUAUAUGUUUGAUUACAUUUCAUUCAGCCUGAAUUGAGUUAUGAUCAAAAAUGUGUUUUUUGGCCCACGAGUUGAGUCCUGAGUUGUCCCGAAAAUUUUUUGAUGGAUUUUUCGACUUAGGUAGCGUUUUUUUGCGGUCUAGACUCUAGAAUCAACAAAAAAUUUGAACCAGAGUAUGUAGUUUUUCAAAAAUUUGAGUUUUGAAAAAAUCAAUUUUUUUGAAAAAUGAAAAUUCAGUAUUUUUCGAUUUAAAAAUAGUUCAAGAAAUGAAUUUUGAAGUGAAACGUUGUAUUUAGAAAGUUAGUGAUCCAGAUAUGACAGAGUUCCUAUAAAACUGAAAAAUUUCGAUCUGAUUAAAGUUCCAUAUAAAUUUUUUCUGUACUCUAAAAAUUUUCAAAAUUUAAAAAAAAAUUGUACCCUGCUCCACCACGGGUCGGCCGAGGUAUGACUUUUUCUGUAGUUCUAUCUUCUUCUCUUUUUUUUCCUCCAAAAAAAACUAAUUUUUUUGUCUGAAAACAACAAAAAACAUACGAAAAAUUGGAACAACUGUUCCCAUUUUUCGCUGUUUUUUGAUUUUAUCCAGAAAAAAUCUUGAUUUUUUCUUGAAAAAGUGCACGUUUCCAUACAUUGUUUGCUCAAGAAAAUUGAGAAAAACCAUAUUUAGACAAUUUUUAUCGAUUUUUUUCUGUUGGAAGUUUUUCUCAUGCAAAAAUGAUGAUUUCUUAGAGGGCCCCGAAGAAUCAAUAGAAAAACAUUAUUUUUAAUCAAAUUUUGGUUUUUAUUGAUGUUUAUUUAUUAGUUUUUUUCCCGUUUCUUCGCUUUUGUUUUCUAUAUUUUUUGUUGAUGAAAUCAUAUUUGAAAAAUGACUAAUUUUGAUUGAAACUCGAGUUCCAUUUUCAGGUUUCUGAUUCAUUAUUAAUUUUCGAUUUCAUGAUUUUUCUCCAGAAAAUCUAUUUUCCCACCCAAAUUUCCUAUUUCCAGGUGGGUCAAUAAAAUCGUAUAUAUGCCGAAAAACACAUCAUCAUCAUCAACAUCUUCAUUAUUCGGUCGAAUUUCGACCAGAUCGAGUUUUAUGUCGCCAAAAGAUGUUCGUUGCAAUGUUCAUUUGCUCCACGAUUCCGAUAUUAUUGGAAAUGAAUUUGGUCGAUCACAAUCGGCUCAAACAGUUUUGGAUUAUAUUUGUAAUAUGAAAAAUGUUCAGGAGAAGGAUUUUUUGGGCUUGAGAUAUCAGGAUCACAAUAAACAUCGUGUAAGUUUGAAUCAGCAUAAAAUUCGGAACAUUUUGACACCCAACAUAAUAGGGUUCAGUGGAUAUUUUCGAAAAUAACACAUGUUUCUCGCCCAAUCAGAAUUUCAUGAAAAUCUCAAAAUUUCACCAGGAACUCUGUGAAAACUCCGAAAAGCUCAAAUUUCCCCCAAAAAUUCCCAUUUUUUCAGUAUUGGCUCGAUUUGUCUCGAUCACUCAACCAUGUUGUGAAACAAUUUAGAAGUGAGUUUUUUCUCGAACAUUUUUGAAUAGUUUUGUUAAAAUAAAAUCUCAAAAAUCAUGCAGAUGAGAUCAAAAAAGUCGGCAAAAGUGAGUUGUUGUGUGUUCUUUAGUUUUCUAGUUAAAUUGUUGCAAAAGUAACCCGAAAAUAACCAGUUUUUGUCAAAAAAAGUCACUGAACAUCUCUGAAAUUCUCCACAUUUUUCAGCCGAAAGUCUGUCACUUCAUUUGCGUUUUCGUUAUUAUCCAACGGAUCCAGCUAGAAUUCGCGAUUUGAAUCUCAGAUAUCAACUAUUUGUACAACUGCAACGAGAUUUAUUGCACGGCAGAUUGUAUUGUCCUCAAACACAUGCUGCUGAAUUGGCUGCCCUUAUUUUACAAGGUAAUAUCUAAGAUUGUGCUGAAAUUUGGAACAUUUUAACACCAAACAUGAUUGGUGGAAAUUUUGACUCCUUCACCAAAAUUCCCUCAAAAACCCAAAAUCAUUGCUUAUUUUAGCCCAACUCGGUGAUUUCAAUGAAUCUGAACACGUUGGAAAUUAUGUGAGUGGCUAUAAAUUGCUUCUUCGUCAAACACCGAAACUCGAAGAACGUAUCGCAAUUUUGCAUAAAAGUUAUGCGGGAAAAACGACCGAAGAUGCGGAACUCGAAUUUUUGGAAAAAGCCAGUCAAUUGGACACUUAUGCUUUUGAUCCGUAUACGAUUAAAGGUACUGUAAAAAAAACUUCAACAUUUUUUUCCAGAUUUUUUGACUCCUAAAUUAAUGAGAAUUAAAAUUCACCCAAUAAAUUGCAGAUCCUCAAGAUCCCACAAAUGAUGUGUAUCUCGGCGCUUCUGCUAAAGGCAUUCUAAUUUAUACCGGAACAUCCCGUGCACAUCACAUCGAUUGGUCGGAACUCGAAAAAGUCGACUAUUCGGGAAGAGAACUCAAAAUCACGGUCAACGAAAAAUAUGCGGGAAAAAUUGAGGAAAAAGCUGGCGAAAAAUCACCCACCAAAAAACACGUGGGAGGUGGAGGACAAUUGAAGUAUUUAUGCCCGUCUGCGAAAUUUGCCAAACAUUUAUGGAUUCAUAUUUUAUCACAACAGGCAUUUUUCAAUGAGGAAAAGGCUGAAGAUGUUGAAUUGAAGUUCUCAAAGUGGGUUUUUUUGAAUUCACCGAGAAAUUUGAAACCAAACAUGAUAGGGUUUGGUUGAUUUUUCAUUUUUUGAAAAAAGUGAAAAUCGCAGCGAAAUUUCGUAAAACCACAAAAUCACCCAAAAAUUCAAUUUUGCAGACCCCGUAUCCCGCUAAUUUCACGCGGUUCCACAUUCCGUUUUCCAUCUCGCCGUGUUUAUCGAGAAAUUGCCGACGGAAGCGGAUUCUCGUCCGGAAAUGAAGGAACACAUUCAUUAAUUGGAAAUGAUACACUAAAUGGACCCGAUCACACACAUGAUCAAACUACAGACACCGAGUCGAAUUUAUGGAAUACGUGCGUUUUUUAUAUAGAUUUUUGGGAAAAAAUGAGUAUUUGAACCGAAAAAUAUAAUACAAAAUUCAACAAAAAUUUAAUUUCAGGUCAAUUCAAAGUAUUCCCGUCUUACGCUACGAAUUGCCACGUCAAGAAGUGCGCAAAGAAGAACCGUGGCUUUUGCAUCAAAAUUCGCAGAAAUCAUCCACAUCUUCAAAUCAUGUUGUGAAAACUUUGGAAAUUCAAAAAUCGGAUGAUUCGGCAGAAGAAGAAAAAAAUAAUAACAAUAAUUAUUCGAAGGCAAAAUUGACAAAUUUGAAUAUUUCAUUUGCAAGUGAACGUAGGUUUUUUUCGGGGAGAAUUUGAGCUAAAAAUGAUAAAUUGUCACCAUCUUGAAAUUCUGUAAUUUUUCAGCUGAAAAUAAUGAAAAAUGUUGAGUUUUGAGCUGAUUAAAAAAAUCGAUAAUAUUUAAAAUCCUAAUUGCCACGUCAUAGUUAAAUCUUCCAGUCAUCUCGAAAUUCUCAAUUUUCCAGCAUCACCAUCAACUUCUGAAGAGGCGUCAAUUCCAGUGCCAACCUAUAUUUCAACAGUAAAAUUAUCGCCGGAUCAAAACUCGGUGAGUUUAUUUUUUUCCCACAAAAUUUCCAAAUUCAAAAUUUCCCGCCUGUUUUUUUCUUGUGCACGCCACGUGUCAUUCAUAUUUUUGUGUUGUAAUAAUGUCAUUAUCUUUUUCUCUAACACACUCUCUCACUCUCGUCUCUCACUCAUUUUUGGCGCCAAUUUUUUGUAGGCGAGCUUCAGUGUUCAUUUGGUGAAACGAGAAUCGACGUCGAGAAGUCAAUCACCCGACAGUUUUUAUGAGGUAAAAUGGCGAAAUUUGAAUUUUGCGCAACAUUUUGAGACUUGAUAUAUUUUGGUGGAUUCAUUAAAUUUCAUGAAAAAUUCUGAUUUUUCGGUUGUAAAUUACCAAAUUUUCUAGAACUGUGAAAUUUGGAGAAAAAAUCUCCCGCCAAAUGUUUUAUACCAAAAAAUUCGAAUUUUUGCGCGCACCAAACCCUUUCCCCUUCCCAUGUUUUCCUCUUUCUGUUUUCGUGCUUAUUUUUGUUGUCUAAUAGCUUUAGCUUCAGCUUAUGGUAUACUUUUAUCCCGCUUCUUUUAAACCACGCCCCCAUCCCUUUAAAAAUUGCAUGAUUUUCUUGUGAUGAUUUUUAGAACAGCAAUACAAAUGGAGAAGGGAUAAGCAACAGCAAAAAUCAAGGAGGAAUUUUGGAGCAACAAAAUUUGGAGGAGAAUUUUGAAUCUCCUGGUGCACCAUUGGCAACAAGUACACCAAGGACAAUUAAGGUAUAUACUGUAGAUUGACUACUGUAGCUUAAAAGUACUGUAGAUUUUUGUAGUGAAGGUGGUGGUGAAAGUUUGCUUGAAUGAUUAUUGUCGUGAUUUUCCCUUGAUUUUUCCUAAAUGCUUUGAUUUUAGCGCGAAAAUUUGCGAUUUUUUGAGAUCAAAUAUGUCUGGGUUACUGUAUAAUUUUUUCACAGUAAUCCUAUUCUAACAACAUUCUUUAUAUCUAUUUUAGUCAAAAAUACAGUAAACUUUCAAAAGGUUUUGCUCCAAAGUUUUUCCACACGAAUUUUUCACGCGAAAUUCAAAUCCCGCUCCCCUAAAACCACAUUUAUCAAUAGAGCGCAUUUGCAAAACUUCCUCAUGAAAUUUGAUUUUUUUUUUCUUACAGAAUCCAAUUCUGAGCAAUGGAAAUGGAAAAAUUAUGAAUGGAUAUAAAAUAACUUCUACAACAACAACAACAUCUCCUUCCGUUUCCGCCACUGAAAAAAUCGAAAAAGAAAAUUCGUCAAAAAGCCACGUGGCAAAAUCGAGUUCUGCCAACUCGUCUUCUUUAUUGGGAAAAGUCACCAAUUCUCUAUUUAUUUUCUUUUUAUUGUUCUUGUUGACAAUUGCCGUGAUUAUUUGUGUUUUUGAGGUCAGUUUCUUUUUCAAAAUGAUUAAAACUCUCAGAAAAACUUAUAUAAAAAAUAUAAUAUUUUUGGGUGACAAAAUCCUCGAAAUGUCCCGAAAAUUCCAAUUUUUCAGCGCUCUGAAACAUCUGGCUCAGAUUGGAUCGAGAAAAAUCGUCAACUUUCGCAAUUCCGUCAUAUCUACUACGAUCCAACACGUCAUUUUGUCAUCGAUCAAUAUCGCAAAUAUUUUGGCACCAAAAUCUGA